AUGCAAGACUUUGGUACCUCUGUCGAGCUGGGCACAGCUUGGCAGAAGGCUGCCAGCCCCCGGCCAACAGAAAAUCUUGACAAGAAGCUCGUCGUGGUCGACGGCCCAAGCCUGGCCUACCACGCCUACCAUCGCGCCGUCGCCGGAAGAUACCAUGCACGCAACGCCCUGGAGGCCAUGCCAUCGCAUUCUGAGGUGGCAGAGACUGCGUCCCACUUUCUCACCGUGCUGGAGUCGCAUAACAUGGCCAUCUUAGGAGUCUUCUUCGAUGGAGCGCUUCCUGCCGCCAAGCGUGACACUCGCCUUAAGCGCCUCCACUCCUCUCUCACUCAGCUUCAAAGCUUCAAGACCCUGCAUCCUGAUGACAUUCGUUGCGUCCGGUCCAGCAUUGAGACGAAUUCUUUCAGUGCGCCAACUUCCGUCCCUGAGAAGCUCACUCGACUACCGGCAACGCCUUUUUUGGUGCCGGCUGUCAUCGAUCACCUCAGCAACGGCCCAUUUGCCGAGCGUGUUUUCGUGGUCCCGGGUGAAGCAGAUGUCUUCUGUGCUGAUGUUGUCUGCCGCGUCAGCCAGAAACAAGCAUGUUGGCUUCUGAGCUCCGACACCGACUUACUCGUGUUCGAUCUUGGACCCAAUGGAUCCGUCCUACGCUUCCAGGACGUGAGUCUGGCGACGUUUCCACGUCGGACGGUUCUAAAAGGCGUCGAAUAUCAUCCCAGGUCCAUUGCCGAACGCCUUGGGCUAAAGACUUUAGCUCCCCUAGCAUUUGCUCUGUCGCAGGAUUCUCACAGAAGUUUGAAGGAACUCGUUCAGGUGGCCAAAGCUGUAGAUGUCUCGAUUGCGACAUAUCAAGGAUGGUUCGAAGAGUACACUCCACUCCAUAGCAUGUCAGGCUCCGGCCAGUUGUUGGUCAACCUUUACCGCUCAAGUUUUGCUCUCUUGCAGGGAAACAAUACUCUCCAUGCCUUACUUCCGAAUGCGUACGAGGAUGUAUAUCUCCCGUGGACCCAGACACGUCAGACGAAGCAAGAGGCAGCUACUUACCUGCACUAUCUCGCUGAUACGAAAUUGAGGACGAUGGAUCCGAGGAUCUCUGAGCUUGUCCAGCAGGUAUGCUCAGCUAUAGUCAUGGGCACCAGCCACACAAAAUCCCACCAGCCAGAUGGUGUCGAAGUCGGCUGCGCCAUGUUCCUUCCGUUCCUCAUUGAUGAUCCAACACGAGCUUCGGCUUGGUGCUUGUCUGCAGACCUUAGAUUUCUGGGAUACGCCAUACUUUCCAUCCCAAUGCCUGCCCUGUACUCGAUGGAAGAAUGGGAGCGUCGAGGCCCGCGCAUGGCUCAGACCGUAGUUCCCCGCUUCUACUACAAGAAGGCAGAGGUGGUUCACACCUGCAGGGAGUUGAGUGCCCACAUCACUGCCUUCAUGGUAAACUCGGGCGAUCUGCACCUUCGCGCGCCGCUUCACUUCUGGAAGCUGUAUGGGGCCAUGUACCUGUCCGACAAGCUCGUCCAGAAGGAAGAACACCAAGUCUCGAAGAACCAGGUCAUGAGAAUGCUCCGAGGCUGCCAAGGACAGCUUGAAUGGUCUCAUGUCCAUCAUGUCGCCCAGCUGCAGGGCGUAUGGUACUCGCUACGCAUGCUCCGCCAGUUUCUCACCAUAUUUCUUUCCUUCCCCACAGAAGGUGUCCCGCAAACCCACAAGACAGACAACCACAGCGAUCCAGAAAUACAAGCGGCAGUCAAGGACUUGCACGAGCGCCUUGAAUAUCUUCCAAACGCGGUCAAGUUCUUCGACCCUGUUCCCGAUGACGACGAGGAUGCCGUGCCGGAAUCAUACCUGCUCAACGCCGUUGAGAACUUUCCAAGCCUUGCGCCGGAUCCGAAGGAGGCAUACGUGGCGUCGCUUGAGAAGAAGAACAAGAAGCGUAAGAAAAAGAAGCAGGGUCAGCCAGACGACCAAGAGAAAGGACAGAAGGUCGAUGCGAUGGAGCAGGUGUGGAAAAACAGAUUCGGUGCUCUCAACCGGCUGGCUGAUGACAUCUAA